AUGGAACCAAAAUACUUAAAAAUACAUGCAGCUAUUCCGAUAGAAAAAUAUACCGGACUUUUGGGUGUUGAUAAUGUUUUAAAUUUAAUUGUACCAUUUUUCUAUGAUUUUCUCACUGACCCAGUUGGUCUAAUUAUCGGCAACCUGAUAACACCAAUGGUACUUAUAACCUUGUUUACUAUAGCUUUGGAGAGCUCGAUUCCUGGUGUGAAUGGUCGUUUCACAAGUUUUUUAUUUGUUGCAAUCUCGAUGCAAAUUUUAGGAAUUGCUACUGCUGUUCCUUACUGGAUUGCUGCAUGGGUUAUAGAAGAGAUUAAAAAAGAAGAAUCUAAUGUAAUAGUUGUUAUAGAAGAAGAUAUCGAAGCACCUCCAGCAGCGGCUGCUGAUGCUGUACUUCCAUUGAAUCCUGAUCGAGUAACCAGAAUAUUUUUGGGCAUCAUUUGUGUGGUCUUUUCUAGUUUGGUCAUUAUGUCUUUGGUUACGGAUCCGAGCUAUCAAUUCUGGAGUAUUGUCUUCUUUCAGAUUUCACCAGUGCUUGCUUAUAUGUUCUGGUCUUGGACACCUAAAGGAGCAAUCAAAAAUUCGGUGUCAACUAACGAAGGAUAUAAGCGAGCAUCGAAUUAUUACCUUAUUAUGUUCGGCAUAGAUCACAACUCUGCGUACCUAAGCACUCUUUUAGAACAAUUAAGAAAUCAAGAAUUAGCUGCAGCAACUGAUUUCAUGUUAGUCGACACCGUAGGGUUAGCAAUAAGUAUGACUUAUUGGGUUUACUUAGUUGAAGGUGCAAAGUUCACACCAGCAUUUUGGAAAUUCUUGGGAUUCGGAGUAGUAACAAGUCCAGCUGGUGCACUUGCAUUGUAUGUGACUGAACCAGAUGAAACCGUUCCAUUAUUUAACGAAUAG